CGAAUUAUUGCAUAUAUAUUAUCAGAUGAAAAGCGUAAACAAUUGAUAAUGCAAAAAUCAGCCGCCCGUUUCAACACUCUCCAUGUCGUGCUUGCUAUCAACCAAACUUCUCAAGCCUUUCUGCUUCAGCGAAUCCCCUUUUCAGGCAUAAAGCAUAUCUUAAACAAGCAUUCUAAUGGAAGCAUGAGUUCACAAAAUCGAAGCUACCAUCAUUGCAUCAUCCAUAUUCCCACGAGAAAAUCCCUCGAGCCUAUGUUUCAUCUUUCUGGUUUGUGGUUUAGUGAAAGCGUGCAAAUUUCCGGAUAUUGGGUCGGGCCAGAUGUAGAAGAUGGAUGGGGCUUUGAUGAUGAACCGUACAUAAUCACAGUGACCUCGGAGGCUUCUCGAGCAAUGCAGAGAGAAAAACCGGUCGAUCCACAGCAACCCUCCGGGCCUCAACACUCUGUCCCAAUCGAACAAUAUAAAAUCGAGCAGCUGCAAAUCAAUCCACCCGUCCAAAAAACCCGUCGUGUGUAUUAUAUCCAUCGUGUUGUCGAAAAACGGGAGCCUCUGGUUAAGCGUCACGUACAACGGCACGAGACCCCUCAAAGCAAUCGUCUCGCUAAACGGAGCCCCCAAAUUCAACGCCGUGGAUAUAAUCGUCACGUUUUUCUCCCUCAUUCUCGCCGCGAAAGUUCCCGUCCCGACCCCGAAAUCGAGCCCGAUCCGAAUCUCGCCGGGCUUCGCCGCGAGCACGUCGUUUAUCGAGAAAUCGAACGGAAACAAGGUGUUGACUUUGUCUUUGACUUUGACUUCGACCCACUUGAGCUUCUCCUUCUCCAUUUCGAAACAUCCCACGCAUUUCGAGAAGCCCCUUUUCGGAUUCUUGCUCGAAAGGCACUCAAAAUUCCGGCACUUGUAAUUGCUCCACCGAACGUUCCUUCCGUCGGGCACUCGCCACAUGGACUCGUUUAUCGGGUAGGGUCGGAGGUAGAGCUUCGAGGCUCGGGCCAAGCAUCGCCUUCGGGGCAACGGGUCGCACCCGCGGAUCAUGAGGGAUUGGGCCAAGGCCCAAUCAUCGUUGCAAUACGAGCCCACGUCGUAGUCCAUGUACUCCUCGAGCUCGGUUUUCAUGAGCACGCACGCGUGGCCGAUCGUGUUGUAGAUUUUGUCGACUCCGUAGAUGUUGACCGGUUGACCAGCGGCUCGGGUCUCGUUUUUUUCGCCGAGCGAUGUUUUUGGGAGUCGGAUUUGGCGGAGGGCGAUGUGGGCCGCGUAGAGGGGGCGGAUGACCUCGUUUUCGAGGAACUUUUUGUGCUCGAGUGUCGACAUGUGGCGGUGGGGUGGGGUUUUUUUGUCGGUUUGCUGCACGUGGGACUCGAGACGGUUUUGGAGGGAUUCGAGCUUGUCGAGGACUUCGUUGAUGCGGGCGGUGAGGGAAGGGAGGUCGAAGGUGGGCCCGCCGCUGGAGAUGAUGAGGUGGCGGCAUAUUUGGUCGUUGGGGGAGUAGAAUCGGGAGAGGGUCGAGAUGCUGACGAGGAUGACGAGGCAGCCGAACAUGAUCUGGAGGCAGCUCAUGAUUCUCCACAGGCUGAAGUUGGAAAGGUAUGA